AUGAUUUGCAGCAAGUUUUAUUUAAUGUGGUAUAUUAUUGUGAUGAGUGUUUUUUUGAAGGUACAAAGUUCUGAUAUAAAUUUAGAAUGGGGCAAAGAUUGUCCAAGAGCAUGUAACUGUAAGAACACAGAUUUUAUUGACUUACCACUAGUUAAAUGGAUGUAUAACGGACUACAAACUGAACUAGAACCAAAUACCUCAAAUACACAAAAUGAAGUUGUCGAAGAAAAUGAAGAAGAGCCAAUAACUCAGCACAAUACACAGUUUUUCAAAACUGCAUUAUGUAUGUUUAUGAAUGUAACAAAACCAAAAGACUUUUUAAAUUUUCUUCCAUUAGACACAGAGGCAUUAAUUUUAUUUCAAACAACUGAUUCAGACAAGAUUACAAUAGAAGAUGAUAUAAAGCUGCCAAAACUAAUUUUAUUCGAAAUUCAUGGCAAUAAUAAUCUGACAAAAAUCUACAUAACAGAUAAAAUAUUCAAAUAUAUGGAUAACAUAAAAUAUAUUAACAUUCAAGGUGUAUCAUUAGAUAAAUUAACUUUAGAAAGUAAUGAACCAAUUCCAAUAAUGGACACUUCUAUCUAUAAAAAAGAAAAUUCAUAUGCAUUUAAUGAACUUUCACCAGUCUUACCUAUGUAUUUACAUAAAGAACAUAACAAUAAUAUAAAAAACCAUUUGAUAUUUUUACAGCCCAAAGAUAUUGACAUGGUUCCUUAUGAAACCUACAAAAAAACUAAAAGAACAGCAAAAUCAAAUAGCCUAUUUUUAAUCAAUAAAGAUUUGUUGUUUUUAAGAAUUACAAAUUGUGGUCUAAAAGAUAUAUCUUGGGAUUUAUUUAAUGGAUUGGAUUCAUUGGAGACCCUUAUUCUAGACAACAAUGAUAUUGAAUAAAUUCCAGAUUUUUCUUUUUAUGGUGCUACUGUACUAAAAAGCUUAUCAUUAGCUAAUAAUAAAAUUAAACAUUUGCAGACAACUGGUUUAGCUGGUCUUCUUGAUUUGAACUAUUUAAAUUUGAAAAACAAUGCUAUAACUGUAUUAUCCGAAACAACAUUCCCACCAUUACCAAAAUUAAAAGUUGCAGAUUUAAGUAAUAAUCCAAUUGAAAUGGUGUAUCCGCAUACAUUUGAAGUGCUAAAUGCUACUAUAGAACUUGCACUGGGAACAAAUAACAAACAACUACAUUUACAUCAAAAUGCAUUUAUUGGUUUAGAUUCUUUAGAAAAAUUAAAAUUAAUUGGCGUACAUGUGACAAUUUUAGAAAGACCCUUUAUGAUUGGACUUCCUAAUCUUGUAGAACUUAAAAUCGAAGGUUCCAUACAACAUAUAGCUUUUGAUGCAUUUGUUGAAAUACCAAACAUUAAACAUCUCACAAUCAGUAACUGUUCAAUACAAUCUGUGUCAAUGGAUUCAUUUUAUGGGAUUUAUAAUUUAGAACAUUUAGAUUUGUCUUAUAAUAAACUCCAGGAAUUGCCUCCUGGAUUAUUUGAUAAACAAUUGUUUCUCAAGGAAUUAAUUUUAAAUAACAAUCAACUGAUUGAUUUACCAGAUGAUAUAUUUAAAACAGUAUCUAAUCUUAAAUUAAUACGAUUAGAUAUGAACUCGCUACACUGUACAUGCAGGAUGAAAUUGUGGGAUGUUUCAUUAAUGACUAAAAGCGCAAAAGUAAUAAAUAACCAUACUUGCAAGUGGGAACAUUCAAAGAAAGGAUAUAGCUGUAAAAUUAAAAGUACAACUACAUAUAUUUAUAAAAAAAAGUUAGAACCAAUAUGUUCUAGUCCAUCAAAAUUAAAAGGAAAAACAGUUUCAUAUGCUUUGAGAAAGUACAUGAAUUGCAACAGUGAAUCACAUAGCAUAAGUAACAUGAAAAAAAAGUAUAAAGAACUAAAGCUUCAUAAACAAGUUAGUGAACAAGAUAUUAAACAAAGUACUGCAACUAUAAAGACUAAUUUUUCUGAUUUUAUUUUAAAUAACACAACAAGCAUCAGACACAACACUAUUUCAGCACCAAAUAUAACAAUGGAAAUUAUUGAAUCAAAGCCGGAAUCAAUCACCAAUAAUACAGUAUACAUUACUACAGAAAGAAGUAUACUUUUGAACAAUGGAACAUUUAUAAGCAAGUUAUUAUUGAAAGAAGAAAUUUCUAAAAUGAAAAGAAAAUAUAAAGUAAAAAAUUCAGAUUCUUAAGUUGAAAACAAAUUAUGAAAUUAAUA